AUGAAACACCCGUCACAACCACGCCGCUUCUCCCGCCCCGCCCCGCACCCGCCCGCAACCUCCACCGUCUUCGCCCCGUUCCCGCCGUCCGCGUCGCGCCGCAAGUCCUUCCGCCCCAUGCCGUCCUCGCAGCACUCGCCGGCCCUCAUCAAGCGCCUCCCGCUGUCGCGCCAGUCGCUGGUCUUCCUCCUCCUGGCCGCCUCGCUCGCCUUCCUCUUCGUCCUCACCGCCCAGACGGGCGACACCCUGGCCCCGGACGGGCUCACGCGCUACACCCACGCCGCCGCACACUUCCGCAAGCAGCUCGACCCUGCCGCCCUGCCCCAGUACUACCGCGAGCGCUCCGAGAUCAUCGACAAGGAGCACCCGCUCAACCGCCCGGACGAGCGCGAGUACGUCAUCGUCGACGACGUCUCCGACCCCUUCUUUCAGAAAUGCAUGGUCGACCCAGAUCACGCCGUGAUGCACCAGAGCCUCCGCCGCGGCCCGGAUCAGAAGGAGAUCGACGGCCGCAAGAGCGCCAAGCAGCCGCGUGACUUUGAGGACACCUUCGCCACCAUCGAUCGCAAGCGAUACUUGUUCCACCCCGACCGCCCCGCCGUGCAGACCGUGGAUUCCUUGGGCGCGGGGCUGGACAAGCAGCUGGAGGAUGCUGUCACCGUGGCGACAGCUGUCGUAGAGAAGGAUGCUGGUGGCGUGCUCAAGGACGUCGAAGUCCCCAUCUCCUACAUUCGUACCACCCGCCGCGACGGCACACAGAUCAUUCUUAACAUUGGAGGCUCCAUUAACAAGACGGAGACGGGCCAGGUCAGCCGUGCCCGGAGAGUCGUCACCGUCAGCAGCGGCUACGGCCGGCCGUGCGAAGUCUCGUUCACGAGGCCGAGGGAGAUGGUCAAAAUUCAUGUGCUGCUUGCCUAUUCUAACCGCCCGCAUCGCUUGGCCGCAUUUCUCAACAUGUUUGCUGACUACUUCAAGGCAGCCAAGACGGAUCUCGUCAAGGUAGUCGUGUCCACCACCAAGGAAGAGAAGAGCUUUGUCGCCAAGGCGGCAAAGGAGCGCUCGGAGCUCACGGCGGAACGCUUUGCGAUUAUCACGUCGAAUGGGGACGAAUUGGGCAACUUUUCGAGGGCCGUCGCCAUGCGCGAGGCCGCCAAGACAGUCCCCGAAGAUGACGUCAUCUUCAUGUCUGACGCUGACCUGUCUAUUGGCGGUAACUUUUUGCAAAAUUGUCGCGUCAAUAUCGUUAAAGGAUACCAGGUGUGGUUCCCGAUCAUGUUUUCGCUAUACCCAUACGGUAAAUCGUUGUCGAGCAAGGACGGGUUGUGGCGGCGGAGCAGCUAUGGAAUGGCGUGCAUGUACAAAGGGGAUUUUAGUAAGGUUGGCGGGUUUGGCGGCAAUGAGGAAACCGACUUCACAGGGUGGGGCUCGGAAGACGUGUUUAUAUACAACCAAUUCCGGGACAAUGAAAAGUACGCAGUGCUGCGUACGCUGGAGCCCGGGUUGCAGCACAACUGGCACGGAAAAGAUUGCGAACGAAAUGAGCACUACGAAAAUUGCAUGCGGACCGUAUACAUGACGAUUGGAAGCCAGGACGCAAUUGCAAAGCUCAUGUCGGAGAAGAAUGUAGAUGUGUCUUCGCUGACAAAGGAUGCCAAGCCAGUCUAA